ACUACUACUACAUCUACUACUACUACUAAAUCUACUACUACUACAUCUACUUCUACUAAAUCUACUACUACAUCUACUACUGCUAAUAAAUCUACUACUACUAAAUCUACUACAUCUACAACUACUAAAUCUACUACUACUAAAUCAUCUACUACUACAUCUACUACUACUACUACUACUAAAUCUACUACUACUAAAUCUACUACAUCUAAUACUACUACUACUACUACCUCAUCUACUACUACUACUACUACAUCUACUACUACUAAAUUUACUACUAAAUCUACUACUACUACAUCUACUACUACUACUACUACUACUACUACAUCUACUACUAAUACACCUACGACUACUAAAUCUACUACUACUACUACUACAUCUACUACUACUACAUCUACUACUACUACAUCUACUUCUAAAUCUACUACUACAUCUACUACUACUACAUCUAUUACUACUACUACAUCAUCUACUACUAUUAAAUCUACUACUACUACAUCUACUACUGCAUCCACUAGUACUACUACUACUACUACAUAUACUACUACAUCUACUACUACUACUACAUCUACUACUAUUAAAUCUACUACUACUACAUCUACUACUACUACUACUACAUCUCCUACUACUACUACAUCUACUACAUCUACUACUACUACUACUACUACUACUAAAUCUACUACUACUACAUCUACUACUACAUCUAAUACUACUACUACUACAUCUACUACUACUACUACAUCUACUACUACUACUAUAUCUACUAUUACUAAAUCUAUUACUACAUCUACUACUACUACUACUACAUCUACUACUAAUACACCUACCACUACUACACCUACUACCACUACUACACCUACUACUACUACUACAUCAUCUACUACUACUAAAUCUACUUCUACAUCUACUACUAAUACUACACCUACCACUACUACAUCUACUACUACUACAUCUACUACUAAUACACCUACCACUACUACACCUACUACCACUACUACACCUACUACUACUACUACAUCAUCUACUACUACUAAAUCUACUUCUACAUCUACUACUAAUACUACACCUACCACUACUACAUCUACUACUACUACUACAUCUACUACUACUACAUCUACUACUAAUACACCUACCACUACUACACCUACUACUACUACAUCUACUACUACUACUACAUCUACUUCUACAUCUACUACUACUACAUAUACUACAUCUACUACUACUACUACUACAUCUACUACUACUAAAUCUACUACUACUAUAUCUACUACUACAUCUAAUACUACUACUACUACAUCUACUACUACUACUACAUCUACUACUACUACUACUACAUCUACUACUACUACUAUAUCUACUACUACUAAAUCUACUACUACAUCUACUACUACUACUACAUCUACUACUAAUACACCUACCACUACUACACCUACUACCACUACUACACCUACUACUACUACUACAUCAUCUACUACUACUAAAUCUACUUCUACAUCUACUACUAAUACUACACCUACCACUACUACAUCUACUACUACUAAUACUACAUCUACUACUACUACAUCUACUACUACUACAUCUACUACUAAUACACCUACCACUACUACACCUACUACCACUACUACACCUACUACUACUACUACUACAUCAUCUACUACUACUAAAUCUACUUCUACAUCUACUACUAAUACUACACCUACCACUACUACAUCUACUACUACUACUACAUCUACUACUACUACAUCUACUACUACUACAUCUACUACUACUACAUCUACUACAUCUACUACUACUACUACUAAAUAUACUACUAUUAAAUCUACUACUACUACAUCUACUACUACAUCUAAUACUACUACUACUACUACAUCUACUACUAUUAAAUCUACUACUACCUCAUCUACAUCUACUACUACUACUAAAUCUACUACAUCUACUACUACUACUACAUCUACUACUAAUACACCUACAACUACUACACCUACUACUACUAAAUCUACUACUACUACAUCUACUACUACUACUACACCUACAACUACUACACCUACCACUACUACAUCUACUACUACUACUACUACUACUACUACUACUACUACUACUACUACUACUACUACUACAUCUACUCGUACUAAAUCUACUACAUCUACUACUACUAGAUCUACUACUACUACUACUACACCUACAUCUACUACUACUAAAUCUACAUCUACAUCUACUACUACUAGAUCUACUACUACUACUACUACUACUACACCUACAUCUACUACUACUAAAUCUACAUCUACUACUACUAGAUCUACUACUACUACAUCUACUACUACUACAUCUACUACUACUAGAUCAACUACUACUAGAUCUACUACUACAUCUACUACUACUGCAUCUACUACUACUAGAUCUACUACUACUGCAUCUACUACUACAUCUACUAAUACUACUACAUCUACACCUACCACUACUACAUCUACUACUACUACUACUACUACUACUACUACUACUACAUCUACUCAUACUAAAUCUACUACAUCUACUACUACUAGAUCUACUACUACUACUACUACACCUACAUCUACUACUACUAAAUCUACAUCUACAUCUACUACUACUAGAUCUACUACUACUACAUCUACUACUACUACAUCUACUACUACUACAUCUACUACUACUAGAUCAACUACUACUAGAUCUACUACUACUACAUCUACUACUACUGCAUCUACUACUACUAGAUCUACUACUACUACAUAUAUUACUACUACAUCUACUACUACAUCUACUACUACUGCAUCUCCUACUUCUACAUCUACUACUACUAGAUCUACUACUACUACAUAUAUUACUACUACAUCUACUACUACUACUACAUCUACUACUACUGCAUCUCCUACUUCUACAUCUACUACUACUAGAUCUACUACUACUACUACUACUACUACUAGAUAAGUUUUCAGUUGUAAAUGUCCGCACAUUAUCAACGUGCUCACAGGAGAAGCCUUCUCAGAACAGGACUUAUGUUGUUUGGGUGAAUCUUAGGCCAUGGGGUCAUGAGUGUCAUAGUUAAUGACAAGCAGAUGC